CCUGGCAAUACUGUUCAAAAAAUAGUUUAUCAAGACAUUAUUUUUGAUCAUUAAAAUUAAAUAAACAAAUGCAAAACUGCCAUCCAUAUUGCAAACAAAAUAUUUAAUAAUUAUAACAAUGGUCGAUUUUGGUGAAAUUUUGGAACCAUCGUCAAGAGCAUUUUGGGAUGAUUUCGAUUAUGAUAUUUCAGAAACAAAUGAAAGCGAUGACAAACACUUUUCACUUAUUGAAUGGGAAUGGUACACAGAAGACAAAAAUGAACCAAGCUACGCCAGCAUAUCUACAUUUUAUGUUAUCGAAGGAACCGGUAUGCAAGACUUUUUGGAAUCUGCCUUAAUAAAACGUCAAAGGCCAAUAGGGGGAUUGAAAAAUAAGAAUGUAUUGAUGUACCACGUGCAAACCAGGAAUCAAAUAAUCUUAUUCUCUUUAGAAAAUAAUUUAAAUAUUUCUGCCGUUGUUGCAAAAUAUUUUAAAAAAUUUCUUGAAAUAUCCGAAAAAGUAUACACAUUUUCUUUACAAUCGAAAAUUCAUUAUAAAAAUGAAGAAACUAAGGACGUUUUUAAUAGCUUAGUGAUAAUACGAAGUAUAAAUUCAGAAAUAGAUUGGAUUACAGAAAUAAAAUCUCCCAAUUUUAUUACUGGAAUUGCAGCAGGAGUUGCGACUAUUCGAUUUUUGAAUAAUCAACAUUAUUCAUGUUACAUAGCCUACACAGACCCACUUAAUGAAUUGGACGCUUUUAUUGCAAAACCUAUAUUGAAACUUUUUCAAGAAAUCAAAAUUGAUUGCGACACUGAAUAUACAUCGAAAUACAAAGACUCUUCAUUAUUAUACAUGUAAUGACAAAUAAAUAGAAAUUAUCACUAUGUAAAAAAAAACUAGAUUAUUUUAUAUU